UAUUCAUUGUACAGGCACUUAAAUUCAACUGUCAAACGCUGCUUGAUGUACGCGCGCUCUUUGUUUACAUCAAUCAGCUGUGCAUCAGCGUUUCCCAUGUCCAGUUACAUGAUUUGUCGCGAAUUUACAAGUAAACGUAUGUCUCGCUCGGCAAUGGCUGUACGGAUAAAAGAUCACUGCUAGUGUUGGAAGCAACCGGCCGUCUCUUCGCGUUACUAGCCGCCGUCCGCGAAAUUCGUCAGAGAAAUCACCCUCACCAUGUGCGCUAAGCAGGAUUCGUUCAGUGAACUAAGCUCACUACUGGAAAAGGUUCGCCAUGCACCCCUACCGGCCAAGGAACUGAUGCUGCGCAAGUUUUUUCAAGACUUCGAACUUUACCGUCAAUCGUUUGGUGAUGCGGACAAUAAACCCUCGAUCUAUCCAUCGCUACGGUUGCUGGUGCCGGGAAUGGAUCGCGCACGUAAAGCGUACGGAUUGCGUGAACGAACGCUGGCCGAAGCUUACAUACGGGCGUUGGGACUCGAUCGGCGCAACGAAGAGGUGCAGCGGUUGCUGGGUGCUGGCAGUGAUCUGGCGGAACGACUGGGACCGUUGCUGCACGGUCGCUGUCCAGCCGUCGGUGACCUGACUGUCGGUGACGUGAACAGCCGACUGGAUGCGAUUGGGGCGGGCCGUGCGGUGGCUGCACGGGACGAGCUGGUGGCGCUGAUUGAACGGGGCAGCCCACUGGACCAGCGCUGGUUGGUGCGGAUUGUGCUGAAAAAUUUGCGGCUCGGUGUGAGCAACCGGCGCAUAUUGCAGCUGUACCACCCGAACGCGCCCACACUGUACGAUGGUGCGAGCGAUCUGAAGCAGCUGGUGCAGCAGAUCGAGACGCAGGCACCCGCCGGCGAGCUUGAGCUGGUCAGCGGCGGUGGUCCCGUGCUGUUAUUAACACACUUUAUCCGUCCAAUGCUUUGCCAACGGGUGGAGCUUCGACAGGUAGGUGAGCUGUUGCGCCGGGAUACGUACUGGUGCGAGACAAAGAUGGAUGGCGAACGGUUCCAGAUGCACUGGGAUGGACUGUCGUUUCGGUACUACUCGCGCAACGGGCACGAUUACAGUGACGCAUUUGGCCGGUCAGCAGACCAGGUGGGCGGUACGCUGACACCCAUGCUGGCAACGCUGAUCGCACCGACCACCCGCGACCUCAUACUGGACGGUGAGAUGAUGGUGUUUGAUCGGCGCGACCUACGGUUUCGGGACAAGUGUGACGGUACGGAUGUGAAAGCGCUCCGCACCGGCAAUGCGGAUCAGCGACCGUGCUUUUGCGUGUAUGACGUGCUGUACCACAACGGCCGGUCGCUUACCGGCGUGCCGUACGCAGAGCGGGCCAACCUUCUCCGGCACACGGUGCGCGAACAGUUUGGCUUUCUGCAGCACUGUCGGCGCGAACGGGUACGCGAUGCCGAACAUCUGAUCGAACUGAUCAACACGGCCAUCGAUGCACGGCAGGAGGGUGUGGUGCUGAAGCGCGAGGACGCACCGUACCAACCGAACCGGCGGGCUGGCACCGGCUGGUACAAGAUAAAGCCCGACUAUAUCGAGGGCUUGGUGGUUGACUUUGAUCUGCUCGUGAUGGGCGGUUUCUACAACCUGCGCCGUACGCACGUAAACACGUUCCUGGUCGGUGUCGGCCGCGGUCCGGGUGAGUAUGUCUCGGUGGCGAAAGUAUCCAUGGGACUCAGUGUGGCCGAAUGGCAGCAGCUGAAUCAGUCGCUCCGGUCCCACUGGCGAACGGAGCCGGUCGAUGGGAUGCACUGUGGCCGCACGACACCCGACGUUUGGAUUGCACCGGGCAGCUCGAUCGUGCUGCAGCUGAAAGGUUCGGAGCUGGUACGGAGUGAUUCGUACGCCGCAGGGUACACGAUUCGGUUCCCGCGCAUCGUUACCACCCGGGCCGAUAAGCUACCGGACGAGGUGUGUACGCUAGCGGAGCUCGAACAGCUCGCCAGCGGCACCAGCGGCCAUAGUCCGGCCGAUAGCAGUGCGCGCACCCGCAAAUCGACCAAACUUGCGAAACGGCACGUAACGCUGGAGGAUCUCAAUGCACCGGCAACGGUACAGCGCCCAAAUCGAGCCAAAAAACGAUUGAUCGCAGCGGAACGCACAACAGCGAGACCGGAACGGGAAGCGUCACCACUGCCGGAUGGGAUGCUGCACGGGCGGGAUGUGUGUGUGAUGGCCGUUGGUAAUUAUCCGGGCGCACCGACGAUCGACACGCUCGAGCGGUUGGUGCGGCGACACGGUGGCCGUGCCGUUGCCAACCCGAGUCCGGCCACGUACGCCAUUGUGGCCGGCCGGGUAACGUUCAAGGUGCGCAAGUACAUGGAAACGGGCCGGUGGGACGUGGUGCGGGAGGAUUGGUUGUUGCGUGCCGGGAUGGAACACCGACUAGAACCGUUCCGACCGGAGCACAUACUCACCGCGACGGAACCGACCCGGAUGAAGCUAGCGAAGCAGUACGAUCGGUACGGUGACUCGUACACGCGUCCCAUCACCCCAUCCUCCUUCUCCGCGUUGCUGAGCCGCAUGACGGGGGAGGAAGGGCUGCCAACGUCAUCGCUCACCUUACGGGAGCUGAUGCAUGCCGAAACGACACUGCUGGGUGUGCGAAUCGCGCGAAGAAUGCGCCUGUUCCGAGGACUUUCCGCACGGCUGUAUGUAAAGCCGGAGGAGAAGGAGGAUGAGGAACAGGCAUCAUUCGGGGUUGAACGGUACCGGGCGCAGCGUGAAAUGUUGCGGUUUGUCCAGCACGGUGGAUACUGGCUGCGGGACACCGAACCUGGUGUGGUUCGGUACGUGUUUGUGGCGUCGUCAUCGGCGGUGGACCCGCCGCCGUACGGUGAUGUGGAAGCUUGGAUCGAUACGGUCACCGGACCGGAUAGGGAACUCACAUCGCCGCCGGUUCUCCUGCGCGUGCACUGGAUUGGACGCUCCAUCGAAGCUGGACGGCUGUGUAACGAGACGGAUUUUUUCGUUCCUGACUAACCACGCCAAGGCUCUGCGGGAUUGGUGUAUGUGUGCCGGGUUUGGCAAUAGGUACGCGGCGCCUAUAAGCCUACACAUUGAACGAUUGCAGGGAAAAUUUGCUUGAGGGAAUAAGAACUAGUCUCUAGUCAUGAGGCUCUAGCUACGUUAUUUCGUGUAGGUUGUCUGUCUUGUGUUGUUCAACAUCCGGACGAUGGCUAAAGUCGGUGGAUGGACUACGUGAUGCGAAGACGCUGCGCACGCACUAACACUAGGAUACUUCUUCUUUACGACCAGGACACAGGCCCUUUUUCCGGAUGCAUACACCAAAGAGAGAGAAACCAGCCCAACAGGAAGAGUUAUGAAAAAAGGUGUUAGACUUCAAUUUUAUUCCAUUUCGUUAUGCACUGGGAAGGAGAGCGGUGGCGGAGGACGGGGGGGGGGGGGGGGGUGGGAAGAUUUUAGAACGAUGAGGAAGGAUUAUCGUAGAACUAGUGUGGACAAAAUUAUGAAAAAAAAGCGUACGUUAAUUACCGGGGACACUGGAGAGCCGCUUCUCCUUCCCCUCACUCCCUCUCCCACCCCUUUUACCCCGCUACCCGCCGGGGAUCUUACGCUUUGAGACACUGUUACACUGUUGUUUGCUGACCAAAAAGAAAACAAAAAUCUACCGGAAGUGUUACGUGUUGGUGUGUGUGUGUGUCCUGGGAGUUGAGAGUAGGGCAGAAAAUCUAUCAAAACCGUGCUUUAUCGGCAACAACCUAUACAGCUACUGUUCAGCAGCGUUGCCUUGCCCCUCGUCCGUCGUUUUUGAAUUACAUACAUUUACAUACAUACAUCUAUUAAUGUAUUUUUAAUAUAAUAUACGUUUAUAUUUCGUGUAA